AUGGCUACCCCUUGUGUCCUUGCUUUUGACGCUGAGGGCCGCGCCAUUGACUUUGAGUGGGCCACACGCGAUGCUGCUGCACGUCUUGCUGUGCAUCGCCACCUGCCUACCACUGAGCGCGCGCACUUUAGUCAGUACAAGAGUGCUCAGACCUUGUACGACGCUGUAGUUGCACGCUACUCCUCCCCUGCCACUGCUGCACUGAGCCGCCUCAUGCUACCCUUCCUCUUCCCUGACCUUGCUGCCUUUCCCACAGUUGCUGACCUCAUUACGCACCUCCGCACUAGUGACACUCCCUACCGCGCUGCGCAUCCUGCUGACUUCUGCGCCAAGAACCCCCCCCCCAUGUACAUCACUCUCUAUCUCAUAGUCACUCGUCUCCCUGACUCCCUUCGUGUAGUCAGGGACCACUUCCUCUCAGUCUGUCCCACCACUCUCACUGUAGACCUCCUCGAGAAGUCCCUCCUAGCGGCAGAGAAGAGCAUAGUCGCUGUAGGGGCCUCUCGUGGUGACCCUCGCACCCCCAUCUUUGAGGGGUGUUCUCCUUCCCCCCUGUUGCCCUCUGUCGCCUCUGCCGCUGCGGCUGACCUCGUUGGUCUUGAGUCGGUCGGUGCGGCGUCCGCCCCUAGCGGGAGACGCCGCCCUGGCAAGGGCAAGGGGGGCAAGGGCGCGGGUGGAGCUAGCGGGGGCGGUGGAGGUGGAGGUGGCGGUGGCGGAGGGAGUGGGGGUGGCGGUGGAGGUGGUGGAGGGGGUGGAGGUGCUAGUGGCGGCAGUGGAGGCGGAGGCGGCGGUGGCGGCGGCGUUACUGGCGGGGGCGGCGGUGGUGGUGGAGGUGGAGGCGGCGGAGGUGGAGGUGGUGGAGGUGGUCGGAGUGGCGCUUCGCAGCGGAGCAGCACUGGGGGUGGUCAGCGCCAGCAGCAGCAGCAGCAGCAGCAGCAGCGUUCUCGCGACUGGUGCUGA